CUUUAUACUUGAAUAAUCAGUCACUCAUUCAGAGGGGAUAGAGAACAGUGAGAAAAUGCAGACUUGUACAACACUGAUGAGGAGCCUGGCUGCCAUAGUUGUCAUUUCCUUUACCAUCUGGACUGUAACAGAUGCAGAAAAAGUGAGCCCCUGCUGUGUUGCUGUCUCCAGGUCCAUGGAGAAUGUUACCAUCGAAGGUUACAGAUUACAGGAGAAAAACCUCCCAUGCGUUAAAGCUGUCAUUUUUCAGACAGAAAGGGGACAGUUAUGCAUUGAUCCAUAUCAACCCUGGGUGAAGAGGAAGAUCAUUGAGUUUAGGAGGUCACAAAAGAACAAAAUGUCUCCAACCACUGCCUCCCUGCAUCUGACCUUCUCAACACCGCAGAAUUGAACUGUUCGAGGGAGAAACAACAACAAAAAAGCUCACUUCAAUGAAUAAAAUUUGCAGUGAUUUUACAAGAAUAUAUUUAAUAUUUAAAGCUAUAAUUUAUUUACCUUCAUGCCCAAUUUGCCCCAUGAUAGGUUUUUAUUU